AUGGAGAAAAGUAGUAAGACAAAUGUAUGUGCUGGUGAUACUGAUGACAAUAAACAAGCUGAGACUUCAACAAAUUCAGACGUAGAAGACAAUGAUUCUGAAGAACACUAUGGCUGUGAUCAUUAUAAAAGGAAAUCAAAAUUUGUGACACCGUGCUGCAAUAAAGUGUACACCUGUCGAUUUUGUCACGAUGAACAAGAGGCACAUACGGUUAAUCGUAAAGAAGUUACGGAAUUAAUAUGCGUACUAUGUGACACUCGUCAACCUGUACAAGCCACGUGUCAGAAUUGCCAUUGUAGAUUUGGCAAGUACACGUGUUUAGAAUGUAAUCUAUUCGAUGAUGAAGAUAAGAAUCAAUAUCAUUGUGAUGGAUGUGGUAUUUGCAGAGUUGGAGGAAGAGAUAGAUUUUUUCACUGCGCCAAAUAAGAUAUUCAUACGAGUCGUAUACCUUGUCAUAUUCCUGAUUGCGGGCAUUUACUCCAUCGUACCUGCUUUGAGGAGCUUUUACACUCCGGGCAUUAUGCUUGUCCUACUUGUCAAGUUUCUCUUCUUGAUAUGACAGAUCUCUGGAGAUUUUUGGAUGUUGAAGUGUCACUUACUCCAAUGCCACCAGAAUAUAAGGAUUAUAAAGCGGAAAUUUUAUGUAAAGACUGUCACGAAGAAUCAACUGUCAAGUUUCAUGUUGUUGGAUUAAAGUGUCUCAACUGUGGGAGCUAUAACACAUGUAGAAUCAAAGGAUCACCGUGUCCAGAUCCCGAUAACAUUGAUGGAGCUAGUGGAAGCGGUACUGGUGAUGGUGAUCAAGAACAAUCUACCGAUAACGGAUCUCAAUAA